AUGAAACUCCGUACUGUUGUGCCCUUGUUGUUCCUUCUCGUUGUCUCUAAUAUUUCAGCUACUACCUCUUGCUAUCAUAACGAAAGAGCUGCACUUGUAAGUUUUAAAUCCUAUCUCAAAGACCCAUCGAAUCGGCUGUCUUCUUGGCAUGGUCGAAAUUGUUGCAGCUGGCAUGGAAUUUCUUGUUCUGAUUCACUCCAUGUUAUUGCUGUUGACCUCAGGAAUCCUAAUCCAACAAGCUUCAUGCUUAAUCUCAACUCACAACUGGUUCCCAUUUCCAAUUCCACAUCCACUGCUCUCCAAGGUAUCCUCUCUUCUUCUCUUUUCACUCUUGCUCACCUCCGUCAUCUUGAUCUUAGCUUUAACAACUUCAGCUUUUCAAGAAUUCCCCCUGGCAUAGCUAACCUUACUCACCUGACUUACCUGAACCUGUCAAAUGCCAUGUUCAUUGACUUCAUUACCACCCAAUUUGCCAACCUUACAUCUCUGAGAUGUCUGGAUCUUUCUUCUUCUUCACCCGUGGAAUUUGACUUUUCACAUAUUUCCUACAAUUUACCAUCUUCAACCCCGGUGCAUCUUCCACCUGACUGCAGUUACUACUAUGGCAGCCAUCUUUCAUCAUCAAAUUUGGAUUGGCUGCGAGGGCUAGGCAAUCUCAGGGUGUUAAUACUUACUGGUAUUGAUCUGUCAGAGGCUCCUAAGUCCUCCCAUUGGACUAAGCCUUUAUUACAACUCUCAAAUCUAAGGUUCCUUCAGUUGUCCAAUUGCAAAAUCUCAGGCACACUACCUAUAGAUCAAUUUAUCAACCUUACUCACCUCUCUGUACUGCGACUGGAUUCCAAUCCUUUUACAUCCCGAAUCCCAGUUAAACUUGCAAAUCUGACCUCAAUUUCAGUCCUUGAUCUUAGCAGCUCAAACCUUCAAAGAACAAUCCCUUACCUUCCACAACUGAGAGAACUAUAUGUAGGUAACACUGACCUCAGGAUUGAUCUAAAAUCAACGUUCUCAGUCCCAUGGGCUCGUUUAGAAACUUUAGAUAUUCGCUCUACGGAUGUUAUUGGACCCAUUCCACCUUCAUUUGCUAAUACGACUUCAUUGGUCAGUUUCAUAGCUUGCAGCUGUUCAAUUCAGGGCUCCAUACCUCCUUCCCUCACAAACCUUUCAAGGUUAGAAGCAUUGCACCUUGAUGCAAACAACUUAGUAGGACACAUUCCACCGACUAUAUCCAACUUGAAAAGCCUUGGUGUGCUUUCAUUGAUAGAAAAUUCUUUAGAAGGAUCAAUCCCAGAUUCAAUCUGUAAUCUUUCUUCUCUCUGGUUUCUUUCUUUGUUGAGAAACUCUGUCUCCGAAACAUUGCCUGAAUGCAUUGGCCGCCUUUCCAAUCUUUGGUACUUGGAUGUUAGAUUAAACUCUAUCAGUGGAACAGUUGAGUCUUUGGCAUCCUUCGUCCAAGGCAUGACGCCAAGUCUCCUGGGCCUUGGAUAUAAUAAUCUAACAGUGAGAUUAGACCACAAGCCAUUUCCAGCAAACUUCCAGCCUAAAAUCUUGGACUUGAGUGAUUGUAACAUAGAUGGUCGGAUCCCAGACUUCCUAUCUAAUCUCACCCAACUUACAGAAUUAUACUUGGCACAGAAUGAAUUGUCAGGAACAAUUCCUCAGUGGCUGUUCAACUUACCACUUCUCAAUCACUUGGAUCUCUCUUUCAACAAAAUACAAGGACAUCUCCCACCCUACAUUCAGCUAAGCUCAUUUGAUGGACCCAGUACAUUGAAUUUAGCAAACAAUCAGCUUCAGGGACCUAUUCCUUCCAAGCUUGAGAAUAUGGAUAUCAUGGACUUGUCUAAUAACAAUUUCACAGGGUACAUGCCACCACAAUUAGGGCUUGGAAGUGCAAGAUACUUAAGAUUAUCAGGAAACAAGCUGUUUGGUCAGAUUCCAGACACUUUUUGUCCCGAAAAGAAUUCUUUGAUGCUCUUGGAUUUAUCCAACAACAGUCUCUCAGGCGCUCUACCUAGCAGUCUGGGACAUUGCACUUCUCUAGUCUUUACAAAAAUUGGGCAGAACAACUUCAGUGGUAGCAUUCCUGUAGGACUAGAGAAGGCCAAAAAUCUCGGUUACCUAGACCUAACAGGGAAUCAGUUUGAAGGGCCUUUUCCGAGUUUCAUUGAAAAUCUUGAAAGUUUGGAGGUAUUAAAGAUGGCAAACAAUGCAUUUUCUGGAAAGAUCCCCCAUUUUGUUGGUGACCUCCAGAACCUCCAUGUUCUUCUUUUAGAAUCUAAUUUCUUCAAUGGAUCAAUCCCUGAAGAGAUAAACAAGCUGAGGAAGCUGCAAAUUAUUGACUUUUCAAACAACAAACUCAAUGGUUCCAUCCCUGAAAGGCUAGAUGGUUUGGGGAUGUUGAGAAAUCGACCCACUGAUGGAUACCUCUUGGUCGUCAUUUCAGUUAUGUAUGCUGCUGUGGAACUUACCAUGGUUUACAAAAGCUUCAUCUAUCAGUAUGAUACGGUUCAUAUCUAUGAUAGUGGCAUAGACCUCUCCCUUAAAACGUCUGCUUUACCCCAGAAACAGAGAUGA